UGUUAUUUACUCAUUCUACAUCAGUUUUACCUUUUGUACCUGUAAAAACCUUUUGUUGCCAUGGAAACAAACAGAUAAAAAUAUCUUCUUCAACCUUUGACCUUUGUCACUUCUUCAGGAUGCCCUGCCCUCACCUCUCCCUAACUCUCUGGGUGUAGUUGCUGGUUGGGGAAUUUCCAACAUCAAUGCCUCCUCCCCUUCUGGUGACCCCCCCAUGCUGAUCUCUGACCUUGGGAUGACCUCUGAUCUCCUGCAGUAUGUGAAGCUGCCGGUGGUUUCUCAGGACGAGUGUCAGGCGAGCUAUACCUCGCGCUCUGUCAGCUACAACAUCACGGACAACAUGUUCUGCGCCGGCUUCUUCGAGGGUGGGCGGGACACCUGCCUGGGGGACAGCGGGGGGGCGUUUGUAAUGGAGGAUGGGGUCAGCCGGAGGUGGGUGGUGUUUGGGUUGGUGUCCUGGGGCGGGCCGGAGGAGUGUGGGAGUCAGAGGGUGUAUGGAGUCUACACCCGAGUGGAGAAGUAUGUGGAGUGGAUACAGACGCAGCUCCAGGCUGCCCCCUGGUGGUAAGACCAACAUAAUACUGCCCCCUGGUGGUAAGACAGACACCAUGCUGCCCCCUGGUGGUAAGACCGACAUAAUACUGCCCCCUGGUGGUAAGACCGACAUCAUGCUGCCCCCUGGCGGUAAGACAGACAUCAUGCUGCCCCCUGGCGGUAAGACAGACAUCAUACUGCCCCCUGCUGGUAAGACAGACAUAAUACUGCCUUCUGGGGGUAAGACAGACAUCAUGCUGCCCCCUGCUGGUAAGACAGACAUAAUACUGCCUUCUGGGGGUAAGACAGACAUCAUACUGCCCCCUGCUGGUAAGACAGACAUCAUGCUGCCCCUGGUGGUAAGACAGACAUCAUGCUGCCCCCUGGUGGUAAGACCAACAUAAUACUGCCCCCUGGUGGUAAGACAGACAUCAUGCUGUCCCCUGGGGGUAAGACAGACAUCAUGCUGCGCCCUGGUGGUAAGACCGACAUAAUACUGCCCCCUGGGGUAAGACAGACAUCAUGCUGCCCCCUGGUGGUAAGACCGACAUAAUACUGCCCCCUGGUGGUAAGACAGACAUCAUGCUGCUCCCUGGUGGUAAGACCGACAUAAUACUGCCCCCUGGGGGUAAGACAGACAUCAUGCUGCUCCCUGGUGGUAAGACCGACAUAAUACUGCCCUCUGGUGGUAAGACCGACAUCAUGCUGCUCCCUGGUGGUAAGACAGACAUCAUGCUGCCCCCUGGUGGUAAGACCGACAUAAUACUGCCCCCUGGUGGUAAGACCGACAUAAUACUGCUCCCUGGUGGUAAGACCGACAUAAUACUGCCCCCUGGGGGUAAGACAGACAUCAUGCUGCCCCCUGGUGGUAAGACAGACAUCAUGCUGCCCCCUGGUGGUAAGACAGACAUCAUGCUGCCCCCUGGCGGUAAGACCGACAUCAUGCUGCCCCCUGGCGGUAAGACAGACAUCAUGCUGCCCCCUGGUGGUAAGACAGACAUCAUGCUGCCCCUGGUGGUAAGACAGACAUCAUGCUGCCCCCUGGUGGCAAGACAGACAUCAUGCUGCCCCCUGGUGGUAAGACAGACAUCAUGCUGCCCCCUGGUGGUAAGACAGACAUCAUGCUGCCCCUGGUGGUAAGACAGACACCAUGCUGCCCCCUGGUGGUAAGACAGACAUCAUGCUGCCCCCUGGUGGUAAGACCGACAUAAUACUGCCCCCUGGUGGUAAGACCGACAUAAUGCUGCCCCCUGCUGGUAAGACAGACAUAAUACUGCCCCCUGCUGGUAAGACAUAUACUGCCCACCAAAGACCUGAACUCCAUUUUCUAUCCCAGAAUGCUUUGCUACACUCCAUUUUGUGUUUUAUGUGUGACCUCCUGUCUCUGACAGGCAGAAAUCAGUUUAUUAUUUCAGAUUAUUAGAUGUUUAAAAGACAUGUAUUUUGAUCCUGCUAUCUCUGUACUGACAUCAUAUCUUAUACAUAUCUUAUACUGUACAUAUCUUAAACAAUCUGUCACUGGGUUAUUUUAUUUUAUUUUGCACUCUGAUGUAUGAAUUAUAUGAAAAGUCUUAUGAAAGAACUGAAAUAAAAACUUCUUGCAAACAAA